GAGCUGUGUUCCAGCCCCCUGUUCAUAGCCGGUGGAGCCACUCGCACAGACAUCUGCCAAGGGGCCUUAGGGGACUGUUGGCUCUUGGCAGCUAUUGCCUCUCUCACUCUGAAUGAAGAAAUUCUGGCCCGUGUCGUUCCCAAAGACCAGAGCUUCCAGGAUAAAUAUGCAGGAAUCUUCCACUUCCAGUUCUGGCAGUACGGGGAGUGGGUGGACGUCGUGGUGGACGACAGGCUGCCCACCAAGAACGGGGAGCUGCUCUUCGUGCACUCGGCGGAGGGCAGUGAGUUCUGGAGCGCGCUGCUGGAGAAGGCCUACGCCAAGCUGAAUGGAUCUUACGAGUCUCUCUCUGGUGGCACCACCACUGAAGGCUUCGAGGACUUCACCGGUGGAAUUGCAGAAUGGUAUGAGCUGCAGAAGGCACCACCCAACCUCUUCAAAAUCAUCCAGAAGGCACUUCAGAAAGGCUCUCUCCUUGGCUGCUCCAUUGACAUCACCAGUGCGGCGGAGACGGAGGCAGUCACUUCCCAGAAGCUGGUGAAGGGACACGCGUACUCGGUCACCGGGGCAGAGGAGGUGAACUUCCGAGGAACGGUGCAGAAGCUGAUCAGAAUCCGAAAUCCCUGGGGGGAAGUGGAGUGGACCGGGAAGUGGAACGACAACUGCCCAAACUGGAGUGGCGUUGACCCCGAGGUGCGGGAGCGGCUGACCAGGAGGCAUGAAGAUGGGGAAUUUUGGAUGGCGUUCAACGACUUCUUGAGACAUUACUCCCGCCUGGAGAUCUGCAACCUGACUCCAGACACGCUGGCAAGUGACAGGUACAAGAAGUGGAGCCUGCUGAAGCUGGAUGGGAACUGGAGGCGAGGAGCCACUGCAGGGGGCUGCAGGAAUUACCCAAACACAUUCUGGACGAAUCCACAGUAUUUAAUCAAGCUGGAGGAAGAAGAUGAGGAUCCCGAUGAUCCUGAGAGGGGCUGCACCUUCCUCAUUGGCCUGAUUCAAAAGCACCGGCGGAAGCAGAGGAAGAUGGGAGAGGACAUGCACACCAUCGGCUUUGCCAUUUAUGAGGUGCCCCCAGAGUUUUCUGGCCAGACAAAUAUUCAUCUGAGCAAAAACUUUUUCCUGACCAACAAAGCUAGAGAAAAAUCAAACACCUUCAUCAACCUCCGAGAAGUGCUGAACAAAAAACUCCCUGCAGGAGAAUAUAUCAUCGUGCCCUCGACCUUUGAACCCAACAAGAAUGGGGAUUUCUGUCUGCGAGUCUUCUCUGAAAAAAACGCAAACUCCACGGUUAUAGAUGACGAAAUUGAGGCCAAUUUUGAAGAGACCGAGAUCAGUGAAGACGACAUCGUACCCAGCUUUAAAAAGCUUUUUGGACAGCUAGCAGGAAGCGAUGCGGAGAUCUCCGCCUUCGAACUGCGCAACAUCUUGAAUAAAGUCAUGGCUAAACGCCAAGAUAUUAAAUCUGAUGGCUUUAGUAUUGAGACAUGCAAAAUAAUGGUUGACCUGUUAGAUAACGACGGGAGUGGUAAACUGGGACUGAAGGAAUUCCACACCCUCUGGACAAAGAUUCAGAAGUACCAGAAAAUUUACAGGGAAAUUGAUGUGGAUCGAUCUGGUACCAUGAAUUCGUAUGAGAUGAGGAGAGCGCUGGAAAUAGCAGGGUUCAAACUGAACUGCCAGUUACAUCAAAUCAUUGUGGCUCGCUUUGCUGAUGAAGACCUCAUCAUUGACUUCGAUAACUUUGUCCGCUGUUUGAUUCGGCUGGAAACCUUUUUCAAAAUAUUCAGAAAACUGGAUACUGAGAAAACUGGAACAAUAGAAUUGAACCUUGUUAAUUGGCUGUGCUUUACUGUCAUUUGAGCCACUGACAUCAGCUCAAGAGACCUCAAGAAGAGCAAGAUCAGGUGAAGAUAAUCAAGCAAACAUACAA